CCACUGGUCAAGUACCAGGCGCCCCCUGGCGACAGGGACCUUUUUAACCAAUCAGAGCCCUGAUUGAGUUAUUUUUAAAUAAAAACAAAUUAAUUAGCCAAUCAAAAGACGUAAUUUCAUAAUAACUAUCUGCAACUUUCCAGGAAAGCGUCACUUUUCUGAGAACUGGCAAAGGGGAAAGGUCACGAAAUUUUUUUUUCUCAAUUUCCGCUUUGCUCUAAUUUUACAUCUGACGAAAUUCACGUGCUUCCUGUUUAGAGCUAAUUCUUUCAACAUGGCGCAGAGACUUUACGUUCGCUCGUUCUUCGGCAUCCCAGCCUGGUAUGUUAUGUGCGACGAGGAAGUUGAGAGACUUUUCGAAAUCAUUCAGGAGGCCAAUCACGUUCUUACCGAUGCGCUGUUUCUGGUAACAAUGGACUGUUCCGCAUUCUGUAAUGGAUGUAUUUUCUGUUACCCUCAGGAUUUCGCUCCCGUGCCUGCUUGCCGUGUGCGUGACCAGCGUUCCCAGUGAAUACUAGCCUGAAUUUUCUACGUAUGUGAUUGUACAUUUGUUUAUUGUUAUAUCUAAUCAUGUUAUCCGACAACGAAAUAGAAAUGACAGUCGGUGAAGCCGCUGUGACUAAGUGGGCCGACCGGAAGAAACUUUCACCCCGCACAGCAAGUUUACUUAUUGAGCUGGGGUAUGACAGCAUGGAGGCGCUCUCAUUACUAGUCGAAAACGAUCUGCCCUCAACCAUUCCUGUGGGACAAAAACGCCUGCUCCUACAUUCUAUAAGGCAGACGUUUCCGCGAGGCCUAGCAGCGGCGGAAACCAGUAGACAAGAGCCAAGUGCAACAACAUCGGAGGCCCCAGUGGAAGUUCAUGCUGAUCCCUCGCCUGGGACACCGUUACCAACAGAGCAAGUGCAAGGACAAUCGAGUGAUAAAUUCAUCUCCGAGAUGUUAGGCCAACUUCAAUCAGCCCAAGGAUCCAGCCAGCCCACAAUCAACACUGCCCCAACACUGGACCAACCAGGUAUGUUCUCAUGGCAGGACCCUCAGAUUUAUCUUAAAUCCCUUUCUGCCCCUACAUCAAGCCAAUAUCAUGAUAUUGUAGAUUUUGUUAAUCUGGCUGCUGCCUCACAAUCUGAAAGAGUUUUGUCCAACAAUGAAGAUGGGCAGUUAGUUUUUAAGUCAGGGCCCUCAAAACCCAAGCUGGAAAACAUUUCUCUGUCCCAAUGGUCAGUAGCCAACUUAGCAAUCCUGCAAAAAUUAUUGCAGGAAAAUGCCUUAUCGCCAAAUCAUAUGCUAGAUUACUUAUCGUAUACCACCAGGGUGUACCAACUUCUGGCGUCGUACGAAAUUAAGUCUGUGUUUUUCUAUGACAGAGAAUACAGAAAGCUUCAGAACCUGCACAAAUUUAGGUGGGGCACAGACAUCCCCCAUAUCCAAACGGUUUAUUUAAAACCUAGGGUUCAAUCAGCCCAGCCAAAUCCCACAAAGUCUGUACGACCUAUACCAAGUGGUCAAUUUCCCCCUAGGGCUUCCCAUACACCCCAGGGUUCAGAAAUUUGCAAGCGGUACAACACGAGGAAAGGUUGUUACUCUAAACAAUGUAGAUUUUCACAUGUGUGCGCAAUUCCGGGCUGUGCCAAGAAACACUCUUCCGCUGAUCAUACUGCUUCAAAAAACGGUUAAAACCUUCAGGUCUCAUCCUGUCUGCUUGGGAAGAUGAACUCAAAUAUGAUCCAGAUAAAUCUUUCAUUCUUCAAGGUAUCAAAAAUGGCUUUCAUAUCAUAGAUCCCUCCCUGUCCCCCCAGUCAGUUGAAAUGGAUAAUCACCCUUCAGCCUCCCCUCACUCAGAAUUAUUUUCAAAAGCCACCGCCCAGAUUUUAGAUGAAAUUAGCGAAGGAAACUAUGUUCAUGCACCAAACCCCCCCCCCUAUUAAUUAGUCCAAUGGGCAUUAUUCCUAAAUCAGAUGGGGGCGUUCGCAUAAUACAUGACUGUAGCCGCCCCAAAGGUGCUGCAGUCAAUGAUUAUGUGUCAAACGAUUAUAAAUUCAA